AUGGUCAUAGACAGAGAGAAAGGUGUAAAAGAUGCUUUUGAAUCACUUGGAAAAAGAAACAAUAGACUUGAGGCAGAUAAAAAUGAUGCAUUGAUCCGUCAAAAGGUUGCUUAUGAGGAUGAAACUGUAGCACAACGAGAAGAAACGGGAAACAAAGCAGGGAAGAAGAUAGUUCUGAGCUCAGCUAAUUGUAAGAACUCUUCAGAUCCUCCUCUUGGUGCCAAUGGAGGAGGAGUAGUUGACAUUGUUGUGUCACUACCAGAUACAAGACAAAAGUGUAAUGCUGAGAUUGGUGUAAAUGGAAGCAACACUGAGAAAAAGAAGAUUAUAGUCGCUGGUGGAACCAAGGAAGCAAAGUGUUUGCUUCAUAAAGAUGGAGAAAGUCAGAGAUCCAAUGAGAAGGAAAAUGUUGAUGGAGGUUUGAAGCAGAAAAAUCUUGCAAUAGAUGAGAUACCAUUGAACCUAGAGACACGUAUGAUGAAGGUGGAGAAGACUUUGGCAAAGAUCAGAGAAUGGAAAACCAUAGCAAGAAACCAGGCCAAAAAUGGAAUUACUGCUUAG